GAAGAUUCUAACCAAUAAGAAGCAGCCUGAGAUUCUGAGCUGAAAGCUAAGUGCCCCAUAUAUGCCUGGCUGAUGCUGAAGCAGGUUACGCUUCCAGAGAAAAGGCUCCGGUGCUUUGAAGAACAAUGUGAAGACUGAAUAGGAAAUACAUCAAGAAUCUACUUAUUGAGCUCUUCUAACAAAAGCCAGGGGCUCCCUAAUGUUAACACAUUAGUGUUUAUUUGGAGGAGGAAAUAUAUAAUUUUUUAAAAAAGCAAUAAUAAAGUAAAUAGCUGAGUCCCCCCCCCCCAAAAAAAAAAUUUAGUUGGAAGAUGUCACUGAACAAUUCUUCCAGCGUAUUUCUGGACUCAGCGCCCAGUAAUACCAAUCGCUUUCAAGUUAAUGUCGUAAAUGAGGGCCAUGAGAGCAGUGCCACAGCGGAUAACAGCGACCCUCCCCAUUAUGAGGAAACCUCUUUUGGGGAUGAAGCCCAGACCAGAUUCAGAAUCAGCUUUAGGCCUGGGAAACAGGAGUGCUAUGACAAUUUCCUCCAAAACGGAGAAACUACUAAGACAGAUGCUAGUUUUCAUGUUUAUGAUUCUCACACAAACACAUACUACCUACAAACCUUUGGCCACAACACCAUGGAUGCUGUCCCCAAGAUCGAGUACUAUCGCAACACCGGCAGCCUCAGCGGGCCCAAGGCCAAUCGACCCAGCAUACUUGAAAUUCAUGAGCAGCUUGCAAAGAAUGUGGCAGUGGCCCCAGGUUCAACUGACAGGGUUGCUAACGGUGAUGGGAUGCCUGGAGAUGAACAAGCUGAAAAUAAAGAAGAAGAAGAUAAAUCCGGGGCUGUGAAGUUCGGAUGGGUGAAAGGUGUGCUGGUAAGAUGCAUGCUGAAUAUCUGGGGUGUCAUGCUCUUCAUUCGCCUCUCCUGGAUUGUUGGAGAAGCUGGAAUAGGUCUUGGAGUCAUCAUCAUUGGCCUGAGUGUGGUAGUGACAACACUCACAGGUAUUUCUAUGUCUGCCAUUUGUACAAAUGGAGUAGUAAGAGGAGGUGGGGCCUACUAUCUCAUCUCCAGGAGCUUAGGGCCAGAGUUCGGUGGGUCUAUAGGCUUGAUCUUUGCUUUUGCCAACGCAGUGGCUGUUGCUAUGUAUGUGGUGGGAUUUGCUGAGACUGUGGUAGACCUUCUUAAGGAGAGUGAUUCAAUGAUGGUGGAUCCAACCAAUGAUAUCCGGAUCAUAGGCUCAAUCACAGUGGUGAUUCUUUUAGGAAUUUCAGUAGCUGGAAUGGAAUGGGAAGCAAAGGCUCAAGUGAUCCUUCUGAUCAUUCUUCUUAUUGCUAUUGCAAACUUCUUCAUUGGAACAGUCAUCCCAUCCAACAAUGAGAAGAAGUCCAGAGGUUUCUUUAACUACCAAGCAUCAAUAUUUGCAGAAAACUUUGGGCCAAGCUUCACAAAAGGAGAAGGUUUCUUCUCUGUCUUUGCCAUUUUUUUCCCAGCAGCCACUGGGAUUCUUGCAGGUGCCAAUAUCUCAGGAGACUUGGAGGAUCCCCAAGAUGCCAUCCCCAGAGGAACCAUGCUGGCCAUUUUCAUCACCACCGUCGCCUACAUAGGAGUUGCUAUUUGUGUAGGGGCCUGUGUGGUCCGAGAUGCCACUGGGAACAUGAAUGACACCAUCAUUUCUGGGAUGAACUGCAAUGGCUCAGCGGCCUGUGGGCUGGGCUAUGACUUCUCAAGAUGUCAGCACGAGCCAUGUCAGUAUGGGCUGAUGAACAAUUUCCAGGUCAUGAGCAUGGUGUCGGGGUUCGGCCCCCUCAUCACGGCUGGCAUCUUUUCUGCAACGCUCUCCUCCGCCCUGGCCUCCCUCGUCAGCGCUCCCAAAGUGUUCCAGGCUCUAUGCAAGGACAACAUCUACAAAGCCCUGCAGUUCUUCGCAAAAGGAUACGGGAAAAACAACGAGCCACUGAGAGGAUACGUCCUCACUUUUGUGAUAGCCAUGGCGUUCAUUCUUAUUGCGGAACUGAACACCAUUGCUCCCAUCAUCUCCAACUUUUUCCUGGCCUCAUACGCACUUAUUAAUUUCUCCUGCUUCCAUGCCUCUUAUGCCAAAUCCCCAGGAUGGAGACCUGCAUAUGGGAUUUACAACAUGUGGGUAUCUCUUUUUGGAGCUGUUUUGUGCUGUGCAGUCAUGUUUGUCAUCAAUUGGUGGGCAGCUGUUAUCACCUACAUCAUUGAGUUCUUCCUCUAUAUCUAUGUGACCUAUAAGAAGCCAGAUGUGAACUGGGGCUCCUCCACACAGGCUCUUUCCUAUGUCAGUGCUUUGGACAAUGCUCUGGAAUUAACCACAGUGGAAGACCAUGUGAAAAAUUUCAGGCCCCAGUGCAUUGUCCUAACAGGGGGACCCAUGACAAGACCCGCUCUCUUAGACAUAACUCACGCCUUCACCAAGAACAGUGGCCUUUGCAUCUGCUGUGAAGUCUUUGUGGGACCGCGCAAGCUGUGUGUUAAAGAGAUGAACAGUGGCAUGGCGAAAAAGCAGGCCUGGCUAAUAAAGAACAAAAUCAAGGCGUUUUAUGCUGCAGUGGCUGCAGAUUGUUUCAGGGAUGGUGUCCGAAGUCUCCUUCAGGCCUCGGGCUUAGGAAGAAUGAAACCAAACACUCUGGUGAUUGGAUAUAAAAGAAACUGGAGGAAAGCUCAGUUAACAGAGAUUGAAAACUACGUGGGAAUCAUACACGAUGCGUUUGAUUUUGAGAUUGGUGUGGUCAUAGUCAGAAUCAGCCAAGGCUUUGACAUCUCUCAGGUUCUUCAGGUACAAGAUGAACUGGAGAAAUUAGAGCAGGAGAGGCUGGCCUUGGAAGCCACGAUCAAAGACAAUGAAAGGGAAGAAGGAGGUGGAGGCAUCCGAGGCUUGUUUAAAAAAGCGGGCAAGUUGAACAUCACUAAGCCAACCUCCAAGAAAGACAGCAGCAUUAACACCGUCCAGUCCAUGCACGUCGGGGAGUUCAACCAGAAGCUGGUGGAAGCCAGCGCCCAAUUUAAGAAGAAGCAAGGAAAGGGCACAAUUGAUGUCUGGUGGCUGUUUGAUGAUGGAGGGCUAACACUCCUUAUCCCCUAUAUCUUGACUCUCAGAAAAAAAUGGAAAGACUGUAAAUUAAGAAUUUAUGUCGGAGGGAAGGUUAACCGCAUUGAAGAAGAAAAAAUUGCAAUGGCUUCCCUUCUGAGCAAAUUUAGGAUAAAAUUUGCGGAGAUCCAUGUUAUUGGUGACAUCAACAUGAAGCCAAACAAAGAAAGCUGGAAAGUCUUUGAAGAGAUGAUAGAACCAUACCGUCUCCAUGAAAGCUGCAAAGAUUUAACAACUGCUGAGAAAUUAAAGAGAGAAACUCCAUGGAAAAUCACAGAUGCAGAACUGGAAGCAAUCAAGGAAAAGAGUUACCGCCAAGUUCGACUGAAUGAACUCUUACAGGAGCACUCGAGAGCUGCUAACCUCAUCGUCCUGAGCCUUCCGGUGGCCAGAAAAGGAUCUAUAUCAGAUUGGCUGUACAUGGCUUGGUUGGAAAUCCUCACAAAGAACCUCCCUCCUGUCUUACUAGUCAGAGGAAACCACAAAAAUGUCCUGACAUUUUACUCCUAAAACAUGAAAAAUUAGAACACAUUUUUACUUAAUGCAUGGAUAAUUAAAAACCAGUCCAGUACUUGAUAGUGUAAAUCUGAUCUGUAGUUAUGCAAACCUCCGAAGACUAUACCACAGGAUUCUACAUAAACUUUGUCACUAUUUUUUUUGUUGUUAGUUAAUGGGAACUAUUUUCUAUCAGCUUAAGGGCAGUGUCAGAGCUAAUCUUUAAAAAAAACCACAUCUUUUUCAUUGCUGAUGAUAAACAAGAAAAUUAAGCAAAUCCAUGCUGGCUUAUGCUCAUGAAAACCAGCAACCUGAUUGUCAGCUUCUCCAGGCAGACCUAAUCUUUUGUUUGCUUCUAGGCCCCCAUAGAGCCUUCAGCCCCACAGCAGGUUCUCAUUAAAUGCUUAUUGACAGGCUGGUAGAGUAACAGGGGUGGUUAUCAAAGGAAAAGACCGACGGGGGCAGGAAACGUGAUUAUGCUUGCCCUUCUGAGAGGCUUAUACCUACAAAGAAGAUUUGAAAAUCAAUACCUGAAAACUUUAAGAAGUACUUGAGUCUACAAAAUGUUUAAAGCAGUUACCUAAAUAAGGUUAUUUAAUGUAACACAGAUUAUAUACUUAGAAUGAUCUGAGCGAUCAUUGAUAACAUAUGGCUUCAAUUUGCUGCUGACUGAAAUGUAUAUUAGCUGGAUUAGAAGGCAGCACAUAUUCUAAUUAAAUGAAAUAUACUCCAUUCUUAAUAUAGAAACUUUAAUUUUUCUUCCUAUUAAAUAUUUUCAAAUUUCCACCAUAGUAUUACUUUGCAUAUUUUUCUAAUUAAGUGGUUAGCACAGAUGAAAUCUUCAUAGAUGUCUAGCAAUUGAAAACCAGUCACCACAAAUUUUCAGACAUUAUAAAGAAAUAUAUCCUGAAUCAUUUACUUAGUUACUUUAUAUAGUGAUUGUAUGGGUUUAAAAGAGCAAUUAAAAUGUGAAGUGGAGAAGCUUGCAAAAUUUGAAAUACAUAAGUACUGAUUUUUUUUUCAUUUCCCAUUUUUUCCAUUCCUAUAAUACAUAAUCACAUUGAAAAAACAAUGAAAUUUUAUUUUCUGAUGCAUGCCUUGAUUUUUUCCUGACAUGUUUUGACUUCUUAUUCUGAUAAAAUGUAAGGGAAAUAAUGAACCUGAAAUAAAAGCACUGAAAUUCGUUUGC